AUGAAGAGCUUCAACAUGGAAGACACAGAUCCAACGCUUUUACCUAAACGACCGAUCGUCGAUAGAGGUUUCAAACCCGGACCUCUGACUAUUCCGAAGAACCUAGGAGCACCAGUAAAAUCGCCAGUCCGGAUGAUAGCAGACGACGAACGAUCCGAUAUACAAUCAUCCGUGUCGCCCAUGAGUCGAAGAAACCCGGGAUCGCUAGCGAGUAUCGCUCACUCGCGCAAUACAAGCAUAAUCUCUCCGCUCAGCGUGCAACAGCAUAGUCAACAAUUCCAGCAUCCGUUCGCAUCGCAUCUCCAGAACAGACAGAACAGACAAAGCACGCAGAGCACGCAGAGCAAACAGAGCACGCAGAGCAAACAGAGCGGAAAAGAAAAAGGCCACUCGCGACAUGAGUCGUGGGAAAGCGACCUGCUAGACGCAUAUUCGUCCUCCGAUGAUGAUAGCGUCGACCGGGCUUCAUCGUGCUAUUCCCGACGGUCGUCGCUCACUAGUAUGGGGUCGGAAUAUCCGGGGUUCGGAUACAAAUCGGCAGACGCAUUCUCAAUCGGGUCACCAGUGGCUCUCGGAGUAUUUGACGAUACGGCGUCUGUGCUGGGAGAACCAGUGAAGUCUAACGGGAACAAGACGAUCGCGGUGGAACAUGAUGAAGAUCAGAAGAAAACGAAGAAGAUAGCGAAGAAACCGUCAAUGGCGGAGGUGAACAAACCACUGCCCCGGGAACCACCUAUUCAAAUGGCGCCGUUGACAGUACUCAAAACCCCGAAAACAUCCAACACACCCAUGAGUCGCGCAGAAGGCGAAGUACAGAAACAAUGUGACGGAAAAUGUGAUGAGCAACGCUACGCCACAUUGCGCGCAGGGAAGUCUCCCCGAGGGCCCACCUUAUCACAGGCGGAGGAAGAGUUGGAAAACGCCUUAUUGCAGUACUGCACCACUAAUACGGCCACUAACAACGCCCCUAAGAAUGCACCUAAAAAUGCCUCUAAUGCACCUAAUACUAGAAACACCACUAAGCAGGCUAAAAAAGCCUGCAGCACUAGCAAUCUGACAGCCUCGCGCGGGUCACUGGCUGGUCCGCUGCAGAUAAGUAGAGGCGAUAUGCAGAUGAUUGCGACUCGUCCCGCUCCUCGUCCUCCCUCCAACAUUCUGCCUCAUACUAUCUUACAACAACUGGAGGAGGAGAAGAAAAAACAUCAAAACUCCAAAAUGCCUUUUCAUUUGGCUGUGCCUGGCUUUGGGCGCAAGUUGCAUCUUCGUUCUUUUAGUAGUUCCAAUAUGCGAUCGGAGAUGGAAUCCGCUGCUCGCGACCGUGGAACAUCACCGUCUGACGAGAGCAAGAAUAUCAACAACAACAACAACAACAACAACAACAACAACAAAGAACAUAUCGAGCCCGUUCCAGAAUCGAUAAGACCGACCUCGAUCUGCAAUGAAAGAGAAUUGCGACUUCAACUGCCUCGCCUGCAGACAAAGAAGAUGGAGCCGGUGGGACAAUGGGCGGCCUCUGCGACAGCAGCACUAGCAGCAACGAGAACACCACCAACAACGACAUCCACAACACCUUCGACUGUCUCUGAACGUACACCAGAUAGCGAGUCAAGUGUCGUCGGAGGUCCCGUCAAGCCCGUUAACCACGAAUUCACCGAAGAAAAGGUGUUUAUAUCGUCUAGUAAGAUGCGACGCAGCAACACCUACGUCCUCCCCUACCAACUGGGCAGUCUCCAGGCCCCCGAGAUCAUCUAUGAACUCGACGGUGGCAUGCCAUCGCCUAGUAGAGUGGGCACCACCAACGUUCCGUACCCGUCAUCGCCUCCCUUGAUCAAAAUGCCGAGCAUCAUGCCCGACCGGGCUGUACGGUUGAUUAUUGAACAGGCGUCGUCGUUGGACGACCUCUUCAGUCUUGCAGCGCUGAACCGUCAGUUCUAUCGCAUCUUCAAACAACACGAGCUCGACAUGAUUAAAGGCGCUGUCUUCAAGAUGUCUGCCCCCGCCUGGGAGCUGCGCGAGAUGAGUCCGCCCUGGGCUAGCGAAUGGCAGGUCUUCUUGGACCCAGACGCGCAAGUGCCCGACUAUACUCCCACCCUCUACCUCCAACGCUAUGCACACGACAUCUUCACCCUCGCCCAGCUCAAAUCCAUCAUCUUGACCCGGUGCAACAGCUUCCUCCGCCCCGACACUAUCCGUGGCCUGGCUGGUGUCGACUCCGAACGAGCCACAGAGAUUGACGAUGCAUUGUGGCGGAUCUGGACAUUCUGUCGGAUCUUCGGAUGCGGGAAGGGCAGAGAGAACGAUAUCACGGGACAAAUGGACUGGUUGAAUGGUGGUGUGCAGGCUCGGAACCAGCACACCUCGAUAACCUUCUCCAUCACCGAGCCGUUUGGAAUGAACAAUGUUCUGUUCGAGCCGCCCGCGGGUUUUGGACAGGGGAACCUUGGUGGUCUAUCGAAGGGUCAGAUGUAUGACAUGACAGAGCUCUUCACCUGCUUGAACGUAUUGCUUCAGCCGAUCCAUGGUAAAUGUGCCGAGGCGCGCAGGGCUGGAGUAUACAACGGAUUAGAUGUCAAGGUUGGUGAUGACAGCAAGGAAGAAAGGUAUCUAGAGGAAUGGACAUGUUACGUCCUCACAUUAGGUCUCUCCGCCGUUUUAAGCCUCGGAUCCAUCUGCCCUAUUAAAAACCCCACCGCAACGUUCGAGAAAGCCAAAUCCAUGGGUCUGACCAAAUGGGAUCUCCUCGACGACAGUGUCACCCGUUCCUCGUUUCUCAAGGAAGCCGUCUCGAAAUCCUACAUGACCUGCGAAGCCGCCGCAGGAUCCUCAUGCCCGUCCGUGCGGUCGUGCGGUGCUAGCGCCACGUCAUCGAGCUCCUCCCUCGUCGACGACCGUAGUUUCCGGUCUCGAACCGACUCGAGUUCCUCUGACAGUUCCGUUCAGGGUCACCGCGUGAGACAAGCGGCGUUUGCUGCGGAGCUGCGCAACCAACGCUCGCAACCACGCAUGAACGGAACUCGCACCUCGUUUUCGGACGAGCGGCCUAUUUCCAGCUACACGGUCGUGAUGAACGGGCUCGAGCAGCAGUCCCGUCCACCACUACCGCCCAUGCCGGCUCGCUUCAACCAGCCCGUCUUCUAUAUGCAGUCGUCUACCCGUCCCGGUUCAGGUUCAGGACCCGUCCUCGACCCCGUCGACCGCGCGAUUGACAUGAUUGUCCGCGAACUGGGAUUCAACGAGAAAGACGCCAAGUGGGCGUUGAGAACCACAGACACGGGCGAGGGCAUCGACACGAACGCGGCUGUGGCCUUGCUCAUGAGAGAGCGCCAGACCCAGGCAAAUCACGGCCAUACCCAGCGACCGGGUGGUAGGCGGGGAUUGUUUUCUUCGUCGUCGUCUUCAACGUCUGGCCAGGGGAGUCUUUUGCCGUCUGUUAUAAGUGAGGAACCUGGGUCGGGAUGGCGGUGGGCGUGA